ACUCACGGCUAUAACACACAUGGUGUCUAUGAUUGUAGCAUUCAUAACCACAACAACUCAUGAAGUCCCAUUAGUGAAAUGUACACGAUGGCUGCAUAUAAUUGAUGGGAUAUAUUCUUCUCAUCAAUUGAAACAACAUGAUGAAGGACACCUACAAUACAGCUGACCAACAUACACAACUUAUCAUUUCAAACAUUUAGGUAAAGGUACAUCAUAGGCCGGCCUACUGGACAAGAUAUUUCCGUCUAGCCAUCUUCAGAGAGACGAGCACCAAUAUGAAAGCAAAUGUGAGGCCAAUUAGUUUUGCUGACUGUCAGAACGUCUUUAAGAUUAUUCUGCUUACUGUAAUGGCUACAGCGUUUUGUAUCCUUGUACUAUUUACCCUGGCAGACAAAGAUGGCACAAGAAUUUUGGUAGCCUCGGAUCACCUAACCAUUGAAACACAUGUUGAUGCUUCCCAAGGAGUCGAGGCAGCUCAUGGAACAGAUGACGAAUUUAAACCAAUGAAAGGUGUCACAAAGGUCAUUGUAUUAGGAUAUAAAAGAGGGGGGACAUCUUUCUUUGGAGAGCUACUCCAUACAUACCCUAAAACCCAAUAUCUGUUCGAGCCGCUUGUUGGAGUCUAUGCUCAUAUGUAUGGGGGUGUGACUGUGCCGCCAUGGAGCAUUAGAGCCUUCGCUAAUGGAACGAUACGUGAUGCGCCUGAUUACGAAGUGAACUAUAUAGCGGAGACACUUAACAAAAUGUUUAACUGCGACUACAACUCUGUCCAUAUUGAGAACUUUAAAAGUGACGGUCCACUACCCGCAAUUCAUUCAGUGUCAUACAAACAAUGCAUAAAACAGAAUGGCCUCAAAAAAUGGCCCAACAUUACCUAUAGUCAUUGUGAUAGGCCUACCUAUAUGAAUGAUAUUCCUCCAGAGUGUGUUAACCCAGACGUCUAUGACGAUAUUUCACUACACCAAGGCAACAAGAACAGAACAACUAUAAUGCAACAUUUCAACACAUAUAACUCAAAGGUGAAGCUCAAAUGGAAUCGUUUGUUAAGAUGCACUGACGAUUUGAGAAAAAAUUGCUCAGAAUCUAAUCAAAGAGUUUAUAAAUUGAUUCGCAUGAACAUGAAGACUGCUGUAACGCUCUUGGAAAGAUAUUCCGACAUUAAAGUGAUACAUUAUAUCAGGGACCCUCGAGGUAUUCAGAAUUCCAGGGUCGACACUGUAACAUCUUUUGCAUUUGAGGAUAGAAUGACCCUUGUAGAGUCGUCUGAUUUACUCUGUAGACUGAUUUGGAACGACAUUCUAGUUGCUUCAAGACAACCUCUGCAUAUUGCUAGGAGGAUACUACAGGUGAGAUACGAGGAUGUUGUUAACGACCCAAAGAACACAAUAGAAAAAAUUGACGAAUUUCUGGAUAGAGAGUCACAACCAGAGAUGCUUGACUGGUUGAAUUUGAAUACUAAUUGUCCGAAUAUGACACAAACUUUGUCAGACAGUCAACCAUUUGCCUUAUGCAAAAAUGCAUCUUACACUAUGGAUAAAUGGCGCGAACGCCUCAGUCCAGAAGACAUAGCUGGGAUAACUAAGACAUGUUCCAAUGUUCUCAAGCAUUUUAAGUAUUCAUAA